AUGGGGGAGUCGAAGGAAGACCUGGCCUGCUGCCUCCAGUGGGGGGCAGAAGGUUACCCAGAGAGGAGGAGGAGGAGGAGCAGCAGCAGCGGGGCGACCAGUGAGAGGAAAAGGACCCCGCUGGUGCGAUGGCUAAGUCUUCAGGCCCUCUUCCCCGGGCCGGCGGUGAGGAUGAUGUGUGAGAAACACCAAGAGCCUCGCAAAGUCUUCUGCAAGGAGGAUCGUGCCCUCCUCUGCCUGGUCUGUGACAAAUCCAGGCAGCACAGAACUCACACGGUGCUUCCCGUGGAGGAGGCAGCCCAGGAAUACAAGAAUGAAAUCCAUGUGUGCCUACAGACUCUGAAAACAGAAAGACAGGCUGCCGAAAACUGUAAAGUGACGCUACAGAAAUGUACUGCAAAGUAUUUGGAAGAGAUAAAGAUUGAAAGACAGAAAAUUUUACGGGAGUUCCAGAAACUCCACCUGUUUCUUGUGAAGCAGGAGAGUCUUCUCCUGGCUCAGCUGGGAGAACUAGAGAAGGAGGUGGAGGAGGCACAGAAGGAAAAUGAUGCCAGACUCCGUCACACUGUCUCCCGUCUUGGUGACUUUAUUGGGGAUUUGGAGGAGGAUUGCCGGCGGCCUGCCAGUGAAUUUCUGCAGGAUAUCAACAAAUCCUUAAGCCGGUGUGAAAAGGGGACCUGCUGUCAGCGCUUGGAGAGGUUCCCUAAUCUGGAGAAGCUCAACACAGUCUCUCAGAAAACUAUGGCUCUAAUGGAAAGCAUACAGAAAUUCAAAGAAACACUGACCGUUGAGCUGAAGAAAGAAAGAAUACCUUGGCUAACUACUGUGGGGCGUGGAAGAGCAGACCAGCCACAAAUCCUUUGGCCGGUGAUGUGUAGAGAUGUACGAGGAACCAGCACAAAAGUGAAUGUGACUCUGGAUCCAUGGACAGCCAACCCCAGGCUCAUCAUCUCCCUGGAUCGAAAGACAGUGAGGCACGGAAAACAGUUGCGGGCCCUGCCUGACAACCCAGAGAGAUUCGACUCCGAGCCUUUUGUGUUGGGCUGUGAGGGAUUCUCCUCAGGGAAACACUGCUGGGUUGUCAGCGUAGAGGCAGGGCAGAGCUGGGCAGUUGGCAUUGCCAGGGAGUCGGUGAAGAGGAAAGGCUACAUGAGCCUCAGCCCUGAGCAAGGCAUCUGGGCCGUGGAGCAGUGCUGGGGUCAGUUCCAAGCACUGACCUCCCAUUGGACUCCCCUGUCCCCGUGCAGGAAACCCAGGAGGAUCCAGGUGUCUCUAGACUACGAGAGAGGUCAGGUGGCAUUCUCUGAUGCUGAUCUAGAUGUUCCAAUCUUUGCUUUCCCUCCCGUCUCCUUCAGGCAAGAGAAAAUCUACCCUUGGCUCUGGGCAGGGCCGGGAUCUCAGCUUUGCUUGUGACUCAAAAGGCUGCUUCUGCGUGAACAAUGUGGGGGUGUUCCUCUAUUCUUCACCACCCUGAUAGAGGAACACAUUCCCCCCCUGCCAAAAUAUCUAGAGGCCUAAUGUUUAUGCAAACAACAGGACGACUGGCUACUCCAAACCAGACUUUUUGUGGAAGCAGCUCCCUGAGACAACACAUUUAUACUAAAUAAUUUGAACCAAUUUCCUGUGACUCCUUCCUCCCUUUUCGUUUCUUCCUACUUUCAGUUAUGCCCUGGAAAUCUCAGAAAAUGCACAGCAAGUUAUUUGCUUCAACCGAAUCAACUUCUGCCUGUACAUAAUUGCUUUUGAA